CACUUCCGGCUGUACGCAGCUCCGCCGGAAGUGUCCGGGGGACCCGAGGCCGAGGGACUCGGCGGAGCGGAAGUCAGUGAGUGAGACGACGGCGGCGGCGGUGAGAGGAUGAACAACAAGUUCGACGCAUGAGAAAACUGAGGCUCAGAGAGGGAAAAGGACUUGCCGAAGACAUUAAUGAGACCCAAACUCAGAUCUCCUGACUGCUUGAAAGAUGAUGACAGUGGGGACCAUGACCAGAAUGAAGAAAACAGCACACAGAAAGACGGUGAGAAGGAAAAAAGUGAGCGAGACAAAAGUCAGAGCAGCAACAAGAGGAAGGCUGUUGUCCCUGGGCCUGCAGAACACCCACUGCAGUACAACUACACUUUCUGGUACUCCCGGAGGACACCAGGCCGGCCGACCAGCUCGCAGAGCUACGAGCAGAACAUUAAGCAGAUCGGCACGUUCGCCUCCGUCGAGCAGUUCUGGAGGUUUUAUAGCCACAUGGUACGUCCUGGGGACCUGACAGGCCAUAGUGACUUCCAUCUCUUCAAAGAGGGAAUCAAGCCCAUGUGGGAGGAUGAUGCAAAUAAAAAUGGUGGCAAAUGGAUUAUUCGACUCCGCAAGGGCUUAGCAUCCCGGUGCUGGGAGAAUCUUAUACUUGCCAUGUUGGGGGAACAGUUCAUGGUGGGCGAGGAGAUCUGUGGGGCAGUUGUCUCUGUCCGUUUCCAGGAGGACAUUAUUUCAAUAUGGAACAAGACUGCCAGUGACCAAGCAACCACAGCCCGUAUCCGGGACACGCUCCGUCGAGUGCUUAACCUACCUCCCAACACCAUAAUGGAAUACAAAACACACACCGACAGCAUCAAGGCCUGGGAGGAGUUUCACGGCCUGGUGAACAGCAGCGGCCGCUGAUCGGACGCUUCCCCUCUCUGUCUCUCACACCCAGGGGACAAUUCAAGUUUUCGAAAUACAAAAAUCACAUUGUGAAAGUACCCAAGCUGGCAAUAAUCCUUUUCUGUAUGUGUGUGUCUGUCUGUCUGAAACGGAUGGGAGGCCUCCAGCAGCUCCCUCCGUCUGCUCACUGAAGGGACAUCCCCGAUCCAUGGGCUCCCCUUUUGCACUCAUCCCUGGAGGAAGGAUUCCACUAGACGCCCUCCGGCAUCGCUGACUUUAUAAAGCAGAAAGACAGAAAAGAUGACUUUGUAAUAGACAGACUUUUUUAAAAAUGGGGUUCUGGGGAGAGGUGAGCCUUUGGUUUGCUUGUGUGCCGUUGUCCACAUGCCUUCUGGGCCUCUCUCGCUCUCUUGUCACACUUCACAAGGGGUAUUGUGAACACACGUAUGUGCCAGAGCUGUUGACAGCGAGUUUAUCAGUAUUAUGAAUGUCUGUGCAUCUGGGAAGAAUUUCUGUUGGAGAGUCACCAUGCUUAUCUGUAAGUGCUCCUUUCUGGCGCUGCCUUUAAAUUAUUGGGACAUUUUGGUUUUUUCUCCCCCAUUCUCCCUCGUCCUCACCUUUGUCCUCUAAACGUGUCAAUGAUAUGUUGGUGACUGUGCAGGGUUCCAUAUGGCCUCCUGCCAGCCUGUGGUCCUCCCUUGUUCGUCCCAAGGACGCUUCCUUUCUUCCUCAGCACGGCUGCGUACAGCGCAGCCUCUGACAUGGUGUCUGCUCCCAUUUUGCAGAGGUGCAGGGCCCCUCUACUCGGGAGCCAGGCCCCAUCUUGAGCUCUGGUUUUCGGGCUUCCCUGGGGGCAGGGCAUAAGACCCCGAGAGAGAGGCCUGUGUCUGAUGGCUGGCUGGCCCCUCGUUGAGCAGGAAGGUGAGAGAGAGGACUUUGGGAGGCCAGAUCUGGCUGCAUCUUAAGAUGUGCCGUGGGAGGAUCCCAGACAUCGGAGGUGACACGUUGGCGUUGUUGAUGACUGUCUCGCGUUUCCUGCCUGUUUGCAGCUGGCCAGGAGAGCUCCUUCCCGGCAGUCCUCUGUGCUUGGUGCCCACUCUGGUAAAAUAUCUGCUGGUCCACACGAUGCCCAGAUGAAACCCUUGAGAGCUUCAGUCAUCAGGCAUUAAGAUGGACCAGAUCCUUGGUCUGAGAAGUUUGAGUGACCUCUCAACUCCAGAAGGACUGAAUUAGGAAAAGUAGAAUGAGUUCCCAAGGCCCAAAUAAGCACUCGGCCUAGGACCCUGCAGCAGCCUUCCGUUACACUGAUCCACUUAGCUCUUGGGAGCCAAGAUUAGCAGUGCCUUAAAACGAGGGCCUCUCUUUAAAGCAUCCUCUAAGCCUGGGUUGGCUGGGGCAAGGUAGGGACCCUUAACCAGUUGGGCUUAGAGGAAACCUAGGAGAGUGACAGGCAUUUCCCCAUUGGGCUUAGGAUCGUUUCUUCCUCUCCAGCACCCCAGUCACCACUGGUUUGGGGAUACUUUCCUUUUAUUGUUUAAAUCAUCCUAAAGGUUUUCAUUAGGACAAAUGGAAAAACAAAUGAACUAGAGAUUGUGUGUGUGUAUGUGUGUGUGUGUGUGUG